GCGCGGCGCCGGCAGUCCACAACGCGACACCACGCGAAUCGCACGCGCACACAAUUCCUAUACCGGCCAGUUUGACAGUUACAUACCAUGGUGAGUUCCGACGGACCCGCGGUUUGCGCUAGUUGCAAUGCUACCAUCCAUGGAAGGAUUGUAACGGCGCUGAACAAGAAAUGGCACCCCGAGCACUUCCAGUGCCACUCGUGCCGCAAGCCGAUAGAUAGCGCCAAGUUCCACCAGCACGACGGCGCCGUGUACUGCGUGCCGUGCUUCACGCAGCAGCACAGCCCGCGCUGCCACGGCUGCGGGGAGCCCAUCACUGACCGUGUGAUCCAAGCCCUGGGCGUGUCGUGGCAUGCCAACCACUUCGUGUGCGGCGGCUGCAAGAAGGAGCUCGGAGGUGGCGGUUUCAUGGAGCAGGCCGGUCGUCCCUACUGCUCUGAGUGCUACGCUCACAAGUUCGCGGCGCGUUGUGCAGGCUGCUCCAAGCCGAUCACGGACAAGGCGAUCAUCGCUCUGGAUGCCAAGUGGCACCGCGAGUGCUUCACUUGCAACAAAUGCAGGAACCCCGUGACCGACUCCACAUUCUCCGUGAUGGACAACAAGCCCCUCUGCGGCAAAUGCGCUUAAGCGCCACCACGAACACAGGCUAAAGUGCACUUAACUGUACUAAUGUUAAGGUUUAAUUUAUACUGCCCACCAAAUACAUACAAAGUCAGAAUGCUCUUUAGAAGCCAUAUUUAAUCACAAUUUUGCUGUAAUUCAAGUACCUACUUUAAGCCUUGGUAAUACAGUUGAAAAUACAAAAAAGAGACAUAAUUUUAAAUUAGAAAUAAUGAAGCUUAAUGUCAAUGUUAGAAUAUAGUGCCUAUUCCAUGACACGUGACAAUUCUAUUGACUAAAACAUUUAUGAUACAAGUGUGGAAAGUCGGCAAUUCUAAGCGAGUGGCAAUAUUGUAAAAUGCGAAUGCGAGUGUUUUACAAAUGCACGCUGAGAAUAGGAAAAUCACAUUGCAAGGCACUUUUUUAGAUGUCGUGGUGUCUCUUUCACACUUAGUGAAAUGUUACCAUAUAUUAUUGGUUAGUUGUACCCAUUAAAUUCAAACAAGACUUGAAAUUAUCAAGUCUUAUUUUGAAAUAAGAAAUUUCCAAUGAGAUUCGCUUAAAGCAAACUUUACUUAUUAAUUAUUUAACUUUAAAUUAUUGUAAUUUGAUAAAGCACAAAAUAUUUAAAACUAUUAUUAAAAUAAAUAAAGACAAUUCGUAGUAAGAUAUAUUGUAGUGUAAUUUUGACAAGCUCGUAUCUUUUUUACAUAAAAUGAAUAAUGAAUAUAGACCAAAGUACAUAUGCUAAAUAUAAAAUUCAAUUUUGUAUAGCUUGUCAAAGUUAUGCUCCUACAUUGAACGUAUUAAGUGAUUUAAUAAUAGUCAACCUAAAAGGGCUACCGGUAAGGUGUUUAUUUAUUUCAUAUGUAUUUUUAUAUCCAGCGAGAGCUAUAUUCAAUAAGCUAUUCUUCAUUUUCAAUAAACUAUUUUUGUUUA